CUAAAGUUCUUAUUUUUUUCAGGAGUCAAAAGGCGCCUUCUUAGUCAGAUCAAGGGCUCCAAUCGCAAGAGGGGAAACCAAGCAGAUUGGGAGACGCUGAGAUUCAUAGCAAAAAGGAAGAUGGUCUACUUUGAAAAUAUAAGGGUGCAGAUGAGAGGAGAGAGAAGAGAGUGAACACAACUUUAGCUCUUUGUGGAAUCUACGGCGAGCUGCAUGCCAAACACACGCCUGGCCAUGUGCACACCACACCUCUGUUAAGUCUCCCCUCCUUUCUUCUUUCUUCUUUCUUCUCCACGCUCUUUCCACACUCCUCCCACUCCACUUGGGUCUACACAAGAAAACCAGCUAGAGCAGGUCCAUGGCGGAAAAUGGAAGCGCGGACGUGGAGAAGCAGAAGCUGCUUCUGCAUCAGCAUGAGGAGAAGCAUUUCAUGUCCAGUGAGGUUGUGCGUGACAUCAUCAUCGGCGUCUCCGACGGCCUCACUGUCCCCUUCGCCCUCGCUGCUGGCUUGUCAGGUGCCAGUGCCUCCUCCUCUAUCAUCCUCACCGCCGGCAUUGCCGAAGUUGCUGCCGGCUCCAUCUCCAUGGGACUCGGCGGGUACCUUGCGGCGAAAAGCGAGGCCGAUCACUAUAUGAGGGAACUAAAGAGAGAACAAGAAGAGAUCAUCACCGUUCCUGACAUGGAGGCGGCUGAGAUUGGAGAGAUACUAGAACAAUAUGGUGUGGAGCCACAUGAGUAUGGACCGGUGGUGGACGCUCUCAGGAGAAACCCUCAAGCAUGGCUUGAUUUCAUGAUGAAGUUCGAACUAGGAUUGGAGAAACCAAACCCAAGAAGAGCACUGCAGAGCGCACUCACAAUCGCAGUUUCUUACAUCAUGGGUGGGUUGGUACCCCUCAUUCCUUACAUGUUCAUUCCUAUAGCCCGAGAAGCUGUCAUUGCCUCCGUUAUCUUAACCUUGCUGGCACUGCUGGUCUUCGGCUUCGCCAAGGGCUACUUCACCGGCAAUAAACCCUUCAGUAGCGCUUUGCAAACCGCCUUCAUCGGCGCCCUUGCCUCCGCCGCUGCUUUCACCUUUGCUAAACUUGUUCGAGCAUAGUCGCUUCCUGCUCCCCUGUUUUCACUCUAUCUACCCAUAUAUCUUAACCAGCUUUGCUCAACUCUUUUAUGGUGUGGCCCUGUAGUACUGCUUCAAUUUCAAGUUUUGAACAGUACCCCCAGUCUAUUUGUUUGUAUUAAAUUUCUGCUAAAGUCUAAUAACACCAUUUGAUGGGUGCCUGUGAUCA